UAUGUGCCAAUUAAAAAGAAGUUGAAUAUAGAAAUUGAGUUAUUUUGGGGGCGUAAUAAGAAAUUUCAGUGAACGUAUAUAUUUCGGUACUGUUUAAAAAUGAUAUAAUUGCACAAACAUACACAGAAAUGGCAGAAUCAAACUUCAGUAAAGUUGAUGAAUAUGGAUUUGAGAGGCACGAAGAUUUCGAUUUCGAGAGCUAUGAACAAUUCAUGUCAGUAUACUUACGAGUUCUCGCAACGCGAGCUCAGAAAUGGGCCUCACUCCUCGGCGAAGGAAAGUCGGUCAAGCGAACUAAUACCGUCAAAAGAUACGUUCGCAAAGGAAUCCCAAGUGAACAUAGACCUGCGGUAUGGAUGGCAAUAUCGGAAGCAGAAAAGAUGAAAAAUCAAAGCCCUGAUUAUUAUCACAAAAUUUUAGACAGACCCUUUGAAAAAGAAUUGGUAGAUUUAGUUAAAACAGAUUUACCUAGGACAUUCCCAGAUAAUAUAUAUUUCAGUAAGGAAGCUAAUCAUCAGACACAUCUGUUUCACAUACUUAUAGCAUAUGCACACAACAACCGUGUGGUUGGCUAUUGCCAGGGACUCAACUACAUUGCAGGUUUAUUGCUGCUUGCAACAAAAAGUGAAGAAAUGUCAUUUUGGUUGUUGAAAGUGCUUGUAGAAAAGAUUCUUCCAGACUAUUACACCAAGACUAUGGAUGGAUUGAUUGUAGAUAUAGAAGUUUUAUCUGAGCUUGUCAAAUCCAAAGUACCAGAUGUUCAUCAACAUGUGAUAAACUUGGGACUUCCCUGGGCUGUCAUUACCACCAAAUGGUUUGUUUGUCUGUUUGCUGAAGUUCUGCCCAUAGAGACUGUGCUAAGGAUAUGGGAUUGCCUAUUUUAUGAAGGCUCUAAAAUUCUGUUUAGAGUCUGCCUGACACUAAUAAAAUCCAACCGGGCAGCAAUAAUGUCGUGUAAUGACUUUACAUCCCUAGCAGAAUGUUUUAAAGCAAUUGUGAAAAAUGCUAGCGCUCUGCACUGUCAUGAAUUCAUGCAGGCAAUAUUUAAAGUACCUGGUACUCUGUCAAACUCGACUAUAGCGAAACUCAGAGCCCGAUUUGCAAAACAACGACGUGAACAGCUGCAAAAAGAGCAGCGGUAAACUUUUGCGGAGUUUUCCCACACAUUUUGAUCUCACCUUUUUUUUAAUACUAAUCAGACUUGUCUUGACUACAACUGAUGUGUUGGUUAGAGUUAAGUAUUGGGUGGCCAAGACCAUCAUCUUAUUGUUCUAGGUAGACUCGGUUAGACUAAGUAAAACUAUUGUUAA